UGGACCUGAGCGAAAAAGUGUUUCUGCUUCUGCUUGUUUGUCGAAAAAUUGACUGUUAAACGGAACUUUCAUUUUUCGAAGCCAGGGGAUAUUUAUUUGGUUGUUUUCAUUCCUCUGCAGUGUUUUAUUUCUAACAGGUUGAGCAAGCACGUGAAAGAAAAUGGACGAUGGAAGCAAACAACCACACACACAGGGGAACGGACAACAAAGAAUACAACAUUCCAGACCUUUCUUCUAUGUCCAGCCGCCUUCUCAACCACAGUACAUGUACCAGCAGUGGCAGAUGAAUAACCCAUACAGUCAGUAUGGCUUACCUGGAGGUCUAAACUAUGGUCGUCCCUGCAUGCAGCCAUACCAGUACAUGCAGUAUCCUGGGUUUGUAUACCCACAGUCCCCGCUAUAUCCAAUGGAUUACAGGCGAAUGUUUGAGCCCCGCUUCCAGGCUCCUCCUUGGCAUGACAUGCCUCGCCACCAGUACCAGCAGCAGCAGCAGUACCACCACCACCAGCAGCCACAGCCUUACGAGCGCCGUGAAAUGGCCUGUUCAGAGGCUCAAACCGACCCCAGCGACCCCAUAACCAAACUCAUUCAAUGCCUGGAUCAAAUGCGAGCCACUGAGCUGCAUGGCGCUGAGAAAGAGCUCGACUCGGGAGUCACCUCACACUCCUCUGGAAUCUUUUCUCCAGGAGAAAAAAAGAAAAGUGGAGAGCAGAGUCCCAUCCUGCCCUCGCCGCCUCAUGACCGCCAUUCUGAGUAUCCAGCUGUGACCGUCAGUGACUCCACCACAGCGGUGUACGACAGCGAGUCCAGCCGACGGAGCUUCGAUGGCCUGAGCCCCGCGGGAUGCUGGUCAGCAGGAUUUGAAGGGGAGUUGCCUCUCGAUAGCUCCUCUAUUCACGAAGAGUAUCCUGAGUUGAAGCAGCCAGCAGCAGAUGAACACUUCCUCCCUGCAGAGGUUGCAGAUGUCCAGUCAGAUAUCUCAGCAACCAAUGCAAGUGACGCCAAAGAGCUCCCAAAACAUAGAGUGGAUCCAAUCCUUCCAUCUUCCUCUUUUACCUUCAGUCAGCAGGCACUCAAAGAUGCUAGAAGUGUUGACAAAGUCUCAAAGGCUGAACAUCACAAAAGUUGUCAGAGCUACCAGAUCCUCAAGCUGCCUUUUGACAGUGUUCAGACCCCCGGAGAUGCUCCAGCCACCUCCCUCUCCCCCCGUACUGCUCCUUACUACUACAACUACCUGUCCAUGCCGUCCACCCAUGAGCGGAUGAGCGUUCUCAGUCCAUCUUUGGACGAGCUCUCCUCCAGAGAUGAGAUGUUCUCCACGGAUCUGGACGAUGCAGAUCUUUUCCCCAAACAUGUGUAUACAGGCAGGAGGCUUGCAGAGGUUCUAAGUGGGUCUCCGCAAGCUGCUAAAGAAGUGGAAGAAGUGUGGCUGCCAGGAUCGAAGAGGUUCAUGUGCGCCUGCUGUGGGAAAAGCCUCGCUAAAGGAGUAGCCAGGAGUAAAGUCCGCAGCUCCAAGAUAUACAGGGAUGAGGGCGGAGACUCUGAGGACGAAAUGAGAGGCUGUGAGAAGCCCAUCAGAGUGGUUGUGAGGAAGCAUUCUGCACCCAAAAAGCCCUCGUCUGUCCCACUGAGACAUGCCGCAAAACACUGGCAUAAAAGAGGCCAAUACAAAGUUCCCUCCGAUCCAGUGACCCAGGAGGGAGGUCAUGAUGUCAACGUGCAGGAGCCAGCCGAUGAGGCCGGAGACAUGACUGGUAGUGAGCUGCAGUGCAGAACAUGUCUGGACGGACCCUGCAGAGAAGAUCUGGCCAUGGCAGACCCAGGCAGGUGGGGAGACGGUGAUUUGAUUCCCAGGCGGAGACAAGCAGCCGCCCUGCAACGACAAGACACGAGUACUCAGCGGAAAGUGAUGUACCACAGGCCAAGAGACGAGGAUAACGAUGACGACGAGCCACCCCCAUUACACUGGGAGAGAGGCUCUGCGAUGAGAGGAGAACCAAGAUGUUAAUGUACCCAAAGUGUGUUGAACUGUCCCCCUUAAAGGUGUAAUUGUCAAGAAUAAUAAGUUUAAAAAUAUUUAGAGCACCAGGUGAAAUGCACCGCACACCUGUUUUUGUUUAGAUACAAGUUAAGAAAAUGUAUAAAGUUUCUGCAGUGACACUGUCUUGCACUAUUCAUGAUUUAUGGAUUUCACAAACGUCAA